AUGCAUGUGUUUCUUUCCCGAUUCGCCCAAAGUCCUCUCUUCACUUGUACAUCUGGAGUAAUCUGUAAAAUUUCUACAGAUGACCUUGACGAUGGGGGCCUCAACGUUCCCCAGUCGCCUGGGAUGAACGAUGGUGAUUCAACCGUUGUAUCAAUCGCGCAGGAGAAGCCAGCAGGUCUGUCGGACACCGCUUCAGAAGAGCCACCCAUAGUGGGCACUUCCACGCAUCACCGUCUCAUUCCACUAAGCCACAUUACUCACAUUGCGGUGCAGGCAACCCAGUCCUUGUACGCUCAAGUUGAAGAAUGCGACGGAGAUUUCCUUAGAUCAAGAGCUGUUGACAAUAUGAGAGUAUACAGAUAA